ACUACAGCAAUUCCCCCCAGGAAGUGGUGCUGUGCAAGCCAGCCCCGACUGCAUAUCGAGGGAUGGAGCUCAGAGCAUCUGGCGCCGCGCUAAGGAUGGUCUGAAUGGGCUCACUCUGGGAAUAUCCCUUCCAUAGAUCUGCCUUCCCUUAUCUCCCAGCCUUCCCCUCCCCCAGGCCCCAACAUCCCUCCCGCUCGCUGGGUCCCUUUGUUCUACCCUUGCACUCACUGUAGCCCUUAGGACAGUCAGACACUGCAAGAGGCAGGAGUGGAAACAGGCUCUCCUAACCCUGAAGAGAGGAGAGGUCUGGGAACUCACAGCGGUUAUAAUCACAGCGUCAUCAGGGAACCGGACAGGAAAACACCUGGUGAGAUUUCAGCUCAGUGGGUAAAAGGUCCACGAGUGGAAACUAGAGAAGAGAAACACCAUAAAAAUAUAAAGCAACUGGAGGAACGGGAGUUUCCGAGAGAAAGACACAAAGAGCUGGUUUCUGGAGCAGUGAUAAUGAGAGAAGCUGAAACAGCUGGAGGAGACUGAGAAAGAAGAGGAAGCCAGCAGAAAACAAGCCAGAUACAUUCACUGCUGGUGAAAGAAGUUUCAACAAACUCAGCAGCGUUUUUAAGAUUCCCAGUGCCGUGCACACAGAUAUGGUACACAUACAAUAAUCACACCCAUUAGUCACCACAGAAAAAAAACAUAUCCGUUUGGGGGAAAAACUCAUGGAAUCUUCACAGAAUUAACAGAGCUGGUUGAAUGAUACGAAACAUAUUUUGGAGACUGGAAGCUAUUAAUUUGGUUCCAUGUUAUUCCUGCAGUCACAUUCUUUGCUAUUCACCAGUAUUUGAAUAGCCAUCGGGCAUUUGUGAAAAUGUCUGCGCACCGCCAGAGUUUCAUGAAUUUUAACUCCAGUGAUUACCUGUCCAAACCUUCAUCCUGGGAAACACAUUUUUCAUUAUUUACUAUUCAUUAUUUUUUUAGUUUAAACGUUUCAGCCAUCCAGUCAGGGAGCAGAAACAAGCCCAUGGGACCGAGGUGAUCAGUCAACCCCCCACGAAUAAUGAAUAGUAAAUAACCUGUGGACAACCCAUAGACUGAGAUUUAUUAGCACAAACCCGCUGGUGAACACAUGCACAUUGCAAAGAUGCUCAGGCCCAGGAGAAAGGGCUGAAUCCCCAGCACAGGCCGAUCGCAAUGACCCAUCGUUCAGCCAGCUCUGGUAGAUAAUACCCUGUAUGUGGGCCACGAACGGCGACAUCAUGUUCCAAGCUGCCCAGGUUCUCUGUGGGGAUGAGAAGCCCUAUAAAUGCAGCGAGUGUGGGAAAGGCUUUGGCCAGGAGAAGAUCCUCCGAGAGCACCGGCGAAUCCACACAGGCGAGAGGCCGCACAAAUGCGCUCACUGCGGGAAAAGCUUCACCUGGAGCACCAGCCUGAUCAAGCACCAGCAGAUCCACACGGGCGGCAAGCUGCACGCCUGCCCCGCGUGCGAGAAGAGCUUCCGGUGGCGGCAUAGCCUCCUGCAGCACCAGGCGGUGCACACCGGCGCCAAGCCGCACGCCUGCGCCCAGUGCGGCCGCAGCUUUGUGGAGAAGCAGGCGCUCAAGAAACACGAGAGCAUCCACACGGGGGAGAAGCCCUUCACCUGCAGCGAGUGCGGGAAGAGCUUCCGGCAGAAGGGCAACCUGGUGUCGCACGAGAGGAGCCACCUGGAGGAGAAGCCGCACCGAUGCCCCGAGUGCGGGAAGUGCUUCCGGGAGCAGCGCUUCCUGGCCACCCACCAGCGCACCCACACCCAGGAGCGGCCCUUCCAGUGCGCCCAGUGCCAGAAGAGCUUCAGUGCCAAGCAGGGGCUCCGCGUCCACCAGCGCCUGCACACCGGGGAGCGGCCCUUCCAGUGCCCCCUGUGCGGGAGGAGCUUCACCGAGAGGAAGAACCUCAACAAGCACCAGCGGACCCACAGCGGGGAGACGCCCUACACCUGCGGGGAGUGCGGGAACAGCUACACCCAGAAGUACAGCCUGAAGGUACACCAGCGAACCCACAGCGGGGAGACCUCCCACACCUGCGGGGAGUGUGGGGAGCGCUUCAAGCAGAGGAACCACCUGGUGAGCCACCAGCGGGGCCACAAAGCCGGGAGCCUCUACAUAUGCGCCGAAUGUGGAGAGAGCUACAGCCAGUGGGCGCAUCUCACCGCCCACGAGAGAAUCCACACCAGGCAGAGCCAGCCAGCGCGCACUGAAUACGGGUAACAGAGGCAACGUAUCUCAGAGCAUGCCAAGGAUCCACACGAGAGCCCAUAUCCAUACACCAGUUAAAGGCCCCGGCUACGCCCCAGGUAUAGGGCAUUAGCCAGAGCCAUUCUGAAACAGAAUGCUUCCCAGAAAGGCAUCAGGACGUCUGGGCCUUCCCGGUCUCUCUAAGGACCUGAUCCAAUCAACGGGAAUCUUUCUGUUGACUUCAGUGAACACUGGAUUGGGUCUCAGUUGUGUAGACUGGGUAGAACUUGCCAUAAACCAUUUUACUAGCCAACUAGGAACAGUGAUAGGCAUCAUGCAGCAUUUACGUGGUGUCCUAGACUUGCAGGUACUUGUAAACAUCAAUUAAUUAAAAGAGGCAGAAUCCUAGUCUAGGAAGCCGUGUAGGUCAACCAGUUUUUCACACAGCCCAUAGCGGGCUGGGGAUCCAUUUGGAAGUUGUGUUCAUGCCUUCCUGGAAUAAUUUUAUUUCAGAAGAGCUCUGUCUAAAAUGUUGUCCCUCUCGGGCAGGCAGGGCCAAAGAAAUUGGUUCAAAACACAGAGAAUGCUUCGCAGAGCCAGUCCUGCUCCCGUUGAAGUCCAUGGAGAAUUUGCAGUCGAGCCCUUUAUGUUUGCUGUCUGCGCACAAUGCAUUUGGAGUAGAAAGUGCACACUUUAAAGGAAAGUGAUUCCAUUUCUAAGGCACUUAUCUCACACAAGAAACAUCUGUCUUGACAUUGAUGCUGAUGGUGUAAACAAAGCUAGAGCUGGGGCAGAGAAGACCUUUAAGCUAUAACUUUCCCUGUGUUUAGCUGAGCGGGAAAGGCUGGAUCCCCUGGCAGCAAACAGAACAGAAGCAUCUUCAGAAAAGGACAGUUGGUGAAAGAACUUCUGGGGGAUCCUGGCAAGGAUGGACCCAUGACAAGCAUCACUAACCUCCCUACUGGGUAUACUUGAAGUCUUAAAUUUAAAAAGCUAAUGCCCUCAAGGGACAGGCAGUUUGAGACGGGCAACAAACCCAAACGCACAAAAUACACCAUACAAAAACCCACCAGCCACAACUAGCAAAGAGAUUCCUCCAAUAACACAAUGUUGUUAAUGUAUGAUUGGCUCCUGGAGAAGAGCCCUGUGAUCCAGAUUCUCGCUCAUCAUGAGUGGAUGCUGGUAUUACAGUGGGGAAGGAAGCACCCAGUCCCGCCUAUUUCAUGGAGGAGUUUGAAGGGGACUUGCUGAAUUUAGCUACCAAAGAUCACCCUUUGCAUGUAGAGAAAUACCACGUAUAUGCACCACUUGCUGGAGGUGCAGGUCUUGGUGGGCCAUUUAUCAAUGACCUUGCUGGACACGAGGGAUGGGACCAAGUUCUGGCAGCCACUGGGCAGCAGAAAGCUUAGCUCGAAGCACAUGCUAAGAUGUUCAUUCUUCCAGAUUUAAGUCCAACCAGAGCAAAUGGAAGCAGAGAGUGCCAUGCUGUGAAGUAGAAGUCUUGUGGGUGAGGACACAAGGGUUUCCAUUCUGUGUCCUGCCAAUGCAUGGGCAAUUCCUAACAAGUCCUUUACUUGUUGGGACAUCGGGCGAUGAAAUUGGGUGCUGGGAAACAUCACACCAGACAAAUGCCCAAGAAAAAGAAGGUUUGAAAGGUGACCUGGGAGAUGAAUGAGCUGUAACUGUGCCAUUUGUAUGACGCACACUCAGGCUGUGAAUGCCGGCUUUCUUAGAAUGUAUUUCUAUUAUUUAUUAUUUGCAUAAUGGCAGCAGGUGCUGAGCAGUUUACGGACAGGUAUAAAGGAAAGGCUUCGCCUCAUUGAUUUUACAGUUUCGAGUUCCUGUCUACUAUAUGGUCCUUAACGCACAAACAUUAAAAUCAGCCCUAAGAGUUGCUGAUGUCCGUUCCUUACCAUUUAAUUGUGUUGAGAUGGAAGCUACUCGACCCAUUGUUCCGCAGAAAGAUGGAGCACAGAAUUCUCUUUAAAUGUGGUAUUGAUUUUCUAAUGUGGAAAGGAGAGUGAUCCUGGCAAUUAAGGUCUGUAACUCACAGCCCUAGUAAAAACAGUAAAACAUAUAUUACGGAAAAAAAAUCACUGAUCGGCCACAAGGAACAGAACCAUGAGCAAUAAUGAGCUUGGGUUAAUUAUUAUGAGGAAUAUCUUAGGCACAGAGAAUGUAUUUGGUGUUGCACAAGACACAGAUUGGUUGUCUAUAACUAACCCUAAGAGGUGCUGAUGGUCUGUAAGACGAAUAUAGAAAAGAUGAGAUGUAUUCGGAGAUUCUCUGUGAAAAGAAUAAAAUUUCCUGCAU